AUGGAGGGAAGAGGCAACGCUGCCCUGAGAUCCUGGCCAAGAUUCUAUGCCGCCGUCUGUGCAUCUCAGCUGCAGUUCGGGCAGCCCGUCUACGAGACCCAUCCUCACCUCCUGAAACCAGGCGAACUGACACCGGGCAUUACCGCCCAAGAAUAUCACGACCGCCGCGCCCGCCUGGCACAAGCUCUUCCGAAGAAUGCCGUCGCGAUCCUACCUGCCGCCGAGAUCAAAUGGCGCUCCGGUGCCGUUUUCUUCCCAUUCCGCCAGGAAUCAAACUUCCUCUACCUUACCGGUUUCAACGAGCCCGAGGCAAUAGCAGUGAUACAAAAGACCGGCGACAACCUUGGUGAUUUCAUAUUUCACCUUCUCGUACGGCCGAAAGAUCCCGCCGCAGAGCAGUGGUCCGGCCCCUGGAGCGGCGUGCAGGCUGCGGAGGACGUCUUCAAUGCAGACAACGCCGGAGACAUCAACAAGGCAGGGGAGCUGCUCCAGCCGAUACUCAAGGAUGCGAGCAAGAUAUAUACCGAAGGCACCAGCGACUCUUCGCUACUCAAACGUCUUCUACGCAUUCCUGCUGGCCAUACGGCCGCCGCCACCUCGCCUCUCAGGCCCCUCCUCAAUUCUUUACGGAUCGUCAAGUCAGCGGGCGAGAUAGCCAACAUGCGCCAGGCAGGCCGGAUCUCCGGGCGCGCCAUUACCAACGCGAUGCGGAGGGGCUGGAAGUAUGAAAAGGACCUCCAGGCCUACCUAGACUAUGCCUUCACCGCAGACGGAUGCGACGGCCCCGCUUAUGUGCCUGUCGUGGCCGGCGGGAGCAGGGCAAACAUGAUACACUACGUCCUCAACAACGCACCUCUUGAAGGUAAAGAAAUGGUGCUGGUGGAUGCUGGCGGGGAAUACGGGGCAUACAUCACCGACAUUACGCGGACGUGGCCUGUAAGCGGCAAGUUCUCGCCUGCCCAGAAGGAUCUGUACGAGGCGGUCCUGCGCGUGCAGAGGUCGGGUGUCUCGCUCUGCCGCGCAGACAGUGGCUUGAGUCUUGAUCAGAUCCACCGCUCGACCGAGGCUGCCCUGCGCACCGAACUCACCAAGCUUGGGUUCGAGUUGUCAGGGCCCGGAGCGCUGGAGACGCUGUUCGCGCACCAUGUAGGUCAUUACGUCGGACUGGACGUGCACGACUGCCCUGGCUAUGGCAGGAACGUCGCGCUGAAGCCGGGACAUUGCGUGACCAUCGAGCCAGGUGUGUACGUGCCGGAUGACGAGAGGUGGCCGAAGCACUUCAGGGGCAUGGGCAUCAGGAUUGAGGACAGCGUGUGUGUGGACGAAACGGGGCCCAUCGUUUUGACAACGGAGGCAGUCAAGGAGGUUGUUGAUAUCGAGGCUCUACGGAACUGA